UGUGUCUUCAGUAACUUUGUACACGAUGGAUGUGGUUUCACCUGAGCUCAACAGCCUCCUCCCUGAUGAGAUUAUGGAUACGGAAGCCAUUGCGAUGGAAGAGGAACUCCCCGCCGAGCACCUCGCUGCUCCUCCCCAAUCUGAACCAGAGCCGCAGCAGGUUCCUAUGGAAACAGAGGUGCCUGAAAUCGUCAGCCUGUGUCCAGCCACUACGUCUAUGCAGUUGACCUCUGCCUCCACCGAUGCUCAGUGCAGCACCAGCUCGGGAACUCAACUCCUCCUCGCCCCCUCAGGCCUCAUAACCGGCACCACCAUGACCACCACCACCUCAGCCAAAACCACCGGUCCUGUGGUGACUCAGAACCUCCCCAAAAUCUCCAGCGUUACAGUCCCGGCCAAUCACCAGCUCAUCAUCAACAAAGUGGCCAGCGCCCCCGCUGCAGAUGGCAAGUCUCCAGGCACUGCUGUGCUCAAACCAGAGGGCCAAAAACUCUUGGUUGCUGGCCUCAGUAAAACAGGGCAGCCCAUUAUGUUGGCUCUGCCCCACACUUGGAACAAGCCCGCCACUACCCAGGGCACAGGAGAUGUCAAGGCCCUGCCGACGCAGAUCAAAAUGGUGACGACAGUAGGGAAGCCUGUGAUAGCGGUGAGCUCAGCCAGUCAGCUGAUGGGCAGCUCCACCACACUGCAGGCUCAGCAGCUCAAAACACUUCAGAUCACUAAGAAGCCCCCAGUAUCUACAGCUGGACCGAUGAUAACAAAGCUGAUCAUCACAAAAGCCCUGAACAAUAAAGGACUGUCCAGCCCAGCUUCAGCGGCUCCUGUAGUGACUGGGCGAGUUGUUACCCAGAGUACUCCUGUGACACCUCCACGCACCCUCACCAUUGGUGAGACUGUCAGCACUGUGCCACAGAAUGCAUCUGGCAACAGCAAAGUCGCCAUCUCGCCUCUCAAGUCUCCCAGCAAGCUGACUGUGGUUUCGGUUGCCAGUCAGUCUCCAAACUCACCGCAGAAGUCUGUGACACUGCCGCUCAACAUGGCUCUGGGCCAGCAGAUCCUCACAGUUCAACAGUCUGCCACCACCUCUCCAGCUAAAGCCGGAACCAGCCAGUCCACCGCACAGACUUUAAAGACCGUGGGAGGAGUGGGAACAUCCCAGUUUAAGACCAUCAUCCCCCUCACCACACCUCCCAACGUGCAGCAGAUCCAGGUGCCAGGCAGCCGCUUCCAUUAUGUGCGACUGGUAACGGCCACCACUGGCAGCACCACUGCACAGUCGGGCGGCAGCACCAACACCAACCCUUCCAUCCAACCAGCCAAGCCUGUAAUGAUGAAUGCUGCAGUACGGAUGUCUGUACCCAUCAUCCCAGCACAGAGCAUCAAACAGGUUGUACCCAAACCCUUGACGUCAGCAGCCCAGGUGGUGACCACGAGUCAGACGCCCCAGCGUCUCAUCAUGCCAGCCACACAUCUGCCACAGAUCCAGCCCAACCUCACCAGCCUGCCGCCAGGCACUGUCCUCGCCCCCGCCCACGGCUCGGGGAACAUGAGCUAUGCUGUGUUGCCGGCCCCGUACGUUACACAGAUCCCUCAGUCUGCGUUUGUGACUUUGACCAGCAGCUCCACCUUCUCAACAGCCACCCCCAUACAGACUCAAGCCAGGCUUUCACUCAACGGUUUAUCAACGUCCGAAGCAACUUCAAGGCCGAGAAAACCCUGCAACUGCACACGGUCACAGUGUCUGAAAUUGUAUUGUGAUUGCUUUGCCAACGGGGAAUUCUGUAAUAACUGCAACUGUGUUAAUUGCUUCAACAACCUUGAUCAUGAGAGUGAAAGACUGAAGGCCAUCAAGGCAUGUUUAGACAGAAACCCUGUGGCUUUCAAGCCCAAGAUUGGCAAAGGCAAACAAGGGGAGUCAGACAGGAGACACAGCAAAGGCUGCAACUGUAAGAAGUCUGGCUGUCUGAAAAACUACUGCGAGUGUUAUGAGGCAAAGAUCAUGUGUUCGUCCAUCUGCAAAUGCAUGGGCUGCAAGAACUUUGAGGAGAGUCCAGAAAGGAAGACGCUGAUGCACCUGGCAGACGCUGCAGAGGUGCGAGUCCAGCAGCAAACCGCAGCCAAAACCAAACUCUCCUCACAGAUCUCAGAUCUGCUCACUAGAACCACACCGGCCAUCACCAGCGGAGGCGGAAAGUUGCCAUACACAUUCGUAACGAAGGAAGUGGCCGAGGUGACGUGUGACUGUUUGCUGGAGCAGGCCGAGCAGGCCGAACUCACCAACCAGCCUCAGGCUGUGGCAGAACGCCUCAUUCUGGAGGAGUUUGGUCGCUGCCUCAGGAGAAUCAUCAGUUUUGCUGGCAAAGCCAAGACAGACUGUCCCAUCAACUGCUAGAGCCGUGACUCGGAGCCCUCCUGCCCAUUUGGGGCCCAGGGUGUUGCUGAUCCUGGAAUCUGGCUCCACUGAGGGCACUUUUACCGGCCCCACAUACGGAUUCAUGGGCCUUCUAAUAAAAAGACAAAUCAGAACUUCCCAUUGGCCUGUGAGAUGUGUUGUGGAGGACGCACUGUAUUCAGUAGGAGGACUACAGUACUUCAUUGUAGCCCCUGCGAUGAUGGACUUACACCGUUUGCUUUAUCGGAAGGGUUUGCUUUAUUUUAGAGCAAUCGAUACAAUUUUAAGCUAGUUUUUGUUUUGUUUGGCAACGCUUUCCACUUUUAAAUCUGCUUAAUCAUGAUAUUUGGUUGUCUUUUAAAACUGGAUUUUCAUAUUAUCAUUCACUGUUGUCAGAAAGCCCUUUUUUUUCUUACUAAUAACCUCAGGACAGUUGGGAUGUGGAAGGAGCUUCCCUGCACAUGUAAUUAGUCAUCUGAUCAUGACUUGUAUACAGUAAGUAGCUUGUGCUGUAGCUUCAUUAUAUUUAAGUGCUCGCAGCAGAUUCGGUUCCUUGAGCAGAAUCGGGUUCAGUCUUCAUCGUUCAGUUCAUGUUCAAGCAUGCAGACAUUCAGCCGGGCCGCUGGACGGGAUGAGGGCCGCGCGAGAUUGAAGCAGAGCAUGGUGGUACAGAUUUCCUGUCCUCCAAAAAGAUUAGAGUUGAAUCUUUACUAAUGGAAAAAAGCAACUAAAUAAGUUUGCAAACCAGUAGUGAGUCUUGAGGCUUGAUUGAUGUGCUCCUUCAUCUCAGUCCACAGAUCAGUUGAGAACCUGCUCACUGAUUCUUUUCACUAGGUUCGUUUGUUUUGCAGUUAUUGGUUGAUCAGCUCUGUCAGGGCCGAAUUAAACCAAACCUUUCCAUA